AUGAAGGGUCGCCAACACACAGACGGGGCGAGGGCAAGGGGGCUGCUCCCGAGGGUCCGGGCCACAGUCCGGGCACGGCGGACCCCCUGCGCCCCUCACAGUGAGGCUGACCCCCGGCCCAGCCGCGUCCCGCUCUCUGUGCCCGUAUCAGGUGCUGCAGAAGCCGCAGCCACCACGGCACUGACGAGUGCAGUCGCUUCAAUCCGGAGGGCCUGGCUUGACCAAUGCGCAGAGGACUUCCAAGAACCCCCUCGCUUCCCGUGCUUACAGAAGCUGCUGGAUUACCUCAAACGGAUGAUGCCAGGCUCUGACCCAGAGCGAAGAGCACAAAACCUUCUUGAGCAGUUUCAGAAGCAAGAAGUGGAAACUGACAGUGAAGUUCAUGGACCUUUCUUUCCAAGAAUUCUGAGGCGUAGGAAAGGAAAAAGAGACUUUGGAAAGACUAUAACACAUAUUGUAGCAAAAGCGAUGACUACUGAAAUGGUGAAGGACUUAUCGUCAGACACACUUCUCCAACAGCAUGAUGAUUUGGAUUUGGCUUUGGAUCGCUGUUAUAGUGGAGAUACAGUAGUUAUUUUUCCAGGAGAAUAUCAAGCUGCAAAUCUGGCUUUAUUGACUGAUGACAUCAUUAUAAAGGGAAUUGGAAAGAGAGAGGAAAUUAUGAUUACUUCUGAACCUUCUCAUGACAGUUUUGUUAUGUCCAGAGCUGACAAUGUAAAACUAAUGCAUCUGUCUUUGAUACAGCAAGGGACGGUUGAAGAUAUCGUGGUAGUGGAAUCUGGUCACACGACUCUAGAAAACUGUAUAUUAAAAUGUGAAGGAACAGGAGUGUGUGUUCUCACAGGGGCCGCUUUGACAAUUACAGACAGUGAAAUAACUGGUGCCCAGGGUGCUGGUGUUGAACUAUAUCCUGGGAGCACAGCCAUUUUGGAAAGGAAUGAAAUUCAUCACUAUAAUAAUCUCAAAACCAGUGAUAGUUCGAAAAGCACUUUAGGUGGAGUUAACAUGAAGGUUCUCCCAGCACCCAAAUUGAAGAUGACUAACAAUCAUAUUCACAACAGCAAUGGCUAUGGAGUAAGCAUUCUUCAACCAACUGAGCAAUUUUUUAUUGUAGCAGAAGAAGCUCUCAACAAAGGGGCUGCUUCAGGAGAUAAAAAAGAUGAUCAAAUGCUUUCCAAAGUAAUACAAAACCUGAAUCUGGAAAUGAAUAAUAAUAAGAUAGAAGCAAAUGUAAAGGGGGAUAUCAGAAUAGUCACAAGUUAA